AUGGUGGUCGUCGCGUGUCCCAACUCGUCGCUUGUCGAGGCGCAAAUGGAUGCGGAUCGUAGCGGUUCUUGUUCCAAGUACGACUACGCUUCGGCGUACUCGCGUCUGCGUUCGGCAGCACGUGCUGCGGGUACGGGCGUAUCGAGCGUGCUGAUCCUUAGCUCGCCAGAUGUGGACUCGGUAUGCGCUACACGCAUCCUCACCUCGCUGUUGCUGCAGGACGAUAUCGCGCACCGCAUCGUUCCGGUCGAAGGUUACCGCACCCUCCUCAAUACGCUCUCUACCGUCUUUGCUCCGCAUGAUAACGACAAUGCCUCGUCCAGCUCGUCAUCUACAACCGACGUCAAGUCUGUCGUGUUCAUCAACCUCGGCGCAGUGCUCAGUCUGCCCACAACGUUCAACAUCCCACCCAGCUGUACAAUCCACGUCAUUGAUUCACAUCGACCGUGGAACUUGGAGAAUCUGUUUGCAACGAGUCAUGCCAACGACAGCGUCUGGUGCUGGGACGACGGCGAGAUCGCCACCAAACUGUGCAGGCAAGGGGGUGAAAGGGAUGCUUUCGAGAAGUUGGAGUUCGACGUAGAUUCAGAUUCAGAGUCAGAUUCAGAUUCGCACUCUGACUCGCACUCGGAUUCAGUGUCGGAUCCCGAGGACGCUUCGGACUCGAACGAUAGUGGCAGCGAUUCAGCACGUAGCCAUGACGAGCGACAGCGGGACGGCUCGGGUGGCAAACGCAAACGUGGCUCACACUCACCCUUGAGCCGACGCAGGCAGAGACACAAGCAGGGACAGAGGCACAAGCCUCGGCAUCGGUCCACUUCGGCUUCCGCCACACGACUCACCAACGCUGAACGGCAUCGUUACCGAAACAUCCUCACGCGCUACUACGCACGCGGCGAGAGCUUUGGCAUGUCGGUAUCGUCGAUGCUCUACCUGCUGUGCGAAUCGCUCGGUCGCGCCGACCGCGAGUCACUCUGGCUUGCCAUUGUCGGCCUCACGUCGCUCUACCUUUCCAACAACAUCGACUUGGAAACGUAUGAAACCUACUCGGCUGCAUACGCGUCCGAAGUGAUCGCCAUCGAACCUACCAGCUCCAACGCCCCCACAGAGGCGUGGUCGCUCGACCUACUCACCAACGCAAACAACAACGCGCAAGAGCAAGCAGCGCGCUCCGCUACCGCUACCGCCACUGGCGCGGCACGUGCGCAGAACCGAGCUGUACGCAGUGUGAUCUCUAAAAAUACAAAAGCUGAGGAUGCAGACGAUCGAUCGAUCCGGAUCGUCGGCUCGGAACUGCGACUGACACUCUACCGCCAUUGGUCGCUCGAGACGGCCAUGUACCACACGGCGUAUGUUGCGGCCAAGCUGGGCAUCUGGCGGGAGCGCGGUCUAUCGAAGCUGCGAGGAUUGAUGGCUAAGAUGGGGUUUUCGCUCACGGCGGUUCGACAGAAUUACACACAUAUGCCGUUGGAUUUGCGGCGCAGUCUGGUGCGCAAACUCGAGGCAAUCGCGCCCGAGUAUGGGCUGACGCAACUCACGUACCGCGGCUUCGAGAGGAGCUUGGGCUUCCGGACUGCGCCGCUGGGGGCAGCCGACGUGGUCGAAGGCGUCUCGGCGUUGCUCAUCGGCGCGCACGGCAUCAAGAUCGAGGUGGACACGCCAGGGAUGGUGUUUGCGUCGUCCAGCACUACUCCGUUGGGCAACAGCUUUGGCGCGAACCUGAAUCCGGCGAAUCCGAACGCGCAGACGUCCGAGCUGUUCGCCACGAAACGGGUAUGGAACCUCGGAACGGCGCUGACCGACUCGAUCACGUCGGCUAUCGGCGCAGCCACAGGCAAUGCUUGGUCCAACGACCAAACGGAAGCGAAUGGCGGCUUGCAUGUCGACGUCUCGUCGACGCAACCCGCUUUAGCUGCUGUGGCUAGUGUGCAAGACGUCGGCGCUCUGGAGCGCGCAGAACGUCGAGUGGCAACAUCCAACUUCUACGAAGCGUAUCGAGCGCUCGAUUUCAGUCGAUCGACGUCGGUGGAUCUGCUUCGUUCGUCGGUGCUUCUGUCUGAGGCGUUGCAUCGCAAGAUUGUGGCGCGCGGAAUCAGCUUGAUCACGAACCAAAGCAUCCGCACUCUGAAGAAUUUUCGGCUGGCCAUCCUCAGGGACGGUGCGGACCUGGAACUCUUCACUCACGUCGACGUGCUCGCGCGUCUAGCCGACUGGCUGACCACGAGUCUGCGCGACAUCAUCGUCCAGCAACAAGCAUCCACCAACGCUCAACGCAAAAAACAGCCGGCCGCCUCGACGCGCCUCCCGUUCAUCCUCGCAGCGCUACAUCGAGCAAAGGACACGUUCCUAGUGCUCGGCUCCACCGCCUCGGCCAUCGACGGCGUCGUCCAACACAACCACUUCACAGCCGCCUUCCAACACGCUGCCUCCGUCAGCCGCGCUCGUGUCAGACACGACCACUUCCGCACUUGCUCCAUACAUGUCAGAACGUCCGACUUGGCUGCCUUUGUUGAAAACGUACAUCUCAAAAUCAAGUAA